CGCAUACCGCUAAUGUGGAAAGGCUCUGAUCACUUCAGCAAUAAAGAAAAAUCACAGCGCUAUGCGGUGUUUUGCUUGUUCAGACUGGGAGCCGAGGUUUUUGAUACAGAGGUGGUCAUUGUGGAUAAAGCAAUAACAGAUAUCUGCUUUGAAAAUCUAACCAUAUUUGAUGAAGCAAGACCAGAUUUCCAGGUGAAGGUUGAAAUAUAUAGUUGCUGUACAGAGGAACCUUUAUAUCUAACAAACACUCCUAAGAAACUAGCGAAGAAGCUGAAAACAUCCUUCAGCAAAGCUACGGGGAAGAAACUCAAAGCUGUGCUGGAAGAAGACAGCACUGAAUCCCUUUUGCCUGCUGACCCAGUCAUCCACGGUGCCAAGUACAGUUUGCUAGCAUAUACCACUCUGGGACUGGAGAGUGCUGACGACAAUUUCAGGACCCACAGCCUUACCAUUACAGGAAAUGAGGAAUCCUCCUUCUGGCUGCCCCUCUACGGAAACAUGUGUUGCCGUUUAGUUGCUCAGCCUUUCUGCAUGACUAGAGAUAUGAUGGCAGGAUUUCUUAAUCAGCAGCAAAUGGUAGGAAGUCUAACCAGCUGGAGGAGGCUGUACUGCGUACUGAGAGGUGGGAAGCUCUUUUGUUACCACUCUCCAGAAGAAAUUGAGGCUAAACUGGAGCCAGCCUUGACAGUUUCCAUCAACAAG